AUGGCCGCCAAUGACUUGAUUUGUAUGGUGUCUUUAGGCGAGAAGGCCAUAUUCUUGAAGCUAUGCUCGAUAAUAAGGUUUUAUGAACUGAAAUUUGAUGUGGCUGAAAGACUGAAUGUACCUGAAGAAGCUUUAUCCUUGAUAUAUAAAUCUAAAAGGCACCCUAACCUAAGUUUUUCAGUUGAUAAUGAAGAUGACUUGAAGUACAUGUUGGAGUACAAUCGAAAUGUUGGUUGUACGGAGAUUCACAUGCAAGCUGUUGUUAAUACUAUUGAUACAUAUGGAUGCCCUUGGAUGCUGUUUGCAUCUCCUGUUAAAAAUGAAAAAGGAAUUGAAACCAAAAGAUUCAUAGCAGCCCAAUUGCGACCUAUCUUAAAGGUUCGACCUAAAAUUCACCCAAAAGAUGUGCAAAAGGACUUCCUCACUCAAUAUGGAUUGAGACUUGAAUACAGUAAGAUAUGGUGGGGCAAAGAAAGAGCGCAAGAGGCUAUGUACGGUGAUAGUUAUGAGUCUUACAAUCAAUUAAGAUGGUAUGAGCAAAAGGUGAAGGAAACGAAUCCAGGAAGCUACAUUUGCAUUGACCAGAAUGAAGGAAGGUUCAGAAGACUGUUUAUAUGUUAUGCUGCUUGCAUCGUUGGUUUCUUAAAUGGGUGUAGACCUCUAUUAUUUUUGGAUGGGACCUUUUUGAAAGAUAGGAAAAUGUUGAUAAUUAGAGAUGGUUCCUUCAAGGCUUGUGGUCCAUACUGUAUGAAAGGCCAGACCCAUACAAUCCUCCAUAUCAAUUGGUUAUUAUUUCUGAUGCCGACAAGGGGAUCCGAGAACCGAUCAAAGCUAAAGUCUUUACGGAUGAAGGCAAAGGACACACAAGUUUUGGGGAAUUUGCUCCAAUCAGCUUGCUAUAAAUACACUGUUGCAGAAUGGAACGACUACAUGAAGGAUAUAUAUGAGAUGUCUCCAGCUGCAUAUGAGAUUACAAUUAACUACUCACUAGAGCAUUGGGCAAAUGCAUUCUUCCCUGGCAUUAGAUAUGGUCAUAUAACCUCUAAUGUUACAGAAUCCUUUAACAGCUGGAUACGUGAUGCUCGAUUGUCUCGUAUCUUGCAAAUGGUGGAGCAUAUCCACAAAUAA